GCCUCGCAGGCGCGACACGACUCGGCCAGUAAACGGAAACUCCGGCGCGAGAUGGAGCGGUUCCGCCUGUGGACGCGCGUGGUCGCGUGCGCCGUGCUGCUGUCCGCCGCCAGCGGUGCUGAAACCAGCGACUCGGACCAGGAGGUGGACGUGGACACAAGAGCGCUCAUGGACUUCUACCCGAAAACCCCAAACCUGACCAACGAAAAGCAGCUUCUUGGGGCUCUGCAAGAAGUUCUGGAAAAACUUCAGAGCAAACGAAUAUCACCGUGGGAAAAGAAGUUUGGACAAGUUCCCACGUGCGACGUGGGGGAGCAGUGUGCCAUCAGGAAAGGCGCUCGCAUCGGGAAGAUGUGUGACUGUCCACGCGGGGCGUUCUGUAACUUCUUCUUGCUGAAGUGUUUGUGAGGAGGACUGGAAA